AUGACGCUGCGCAUAUCGGCCAAAUCCAAGCAUCAGCGAGGACUCAUCAUCUAUGGCUUUGUGCUGCUCCUGACGACAGCCACCCGGGCAGGACGGAUCUUUGACGUCACAAAUCUGGACUACGUUAAGGUGAACGCCGAGGCUGGCAAAAACGUGACCAUACCCUGUCCGGGCGUCAACGAGCACUCGCUGGUGGACACGCUCGUGUGGAAGACGGCAUCGACGACAAUCGCGCAGUUUGCCAACAGGAUACCCCUGCUGCACAGUCCCCGGAUACAACUUUUAUCGGACAAUUUCGGGCUGCAGUUCUCCCCGUCCCUGGCCAGCGACACGUCGGAGUACAUUUGUCUGGUCAACGAUCGCCAUAUACCGGAGGCCAUUGUCGAUCUGCUGGUUCAGGAUGUGCCUGAUCCACCGGAGCGACCAUUGUUGAUAAGUUUCACAUCGCGCUCGGUGAACUUAUCCUGGGCGCACUCGCAACACCCGCGGAAUGCACCCGUCACGCAUUUUAUUAUUGAAACGCGAGAGGGCGAAGAUGGCAUCUGGGAUCAGCUGGCUCGCAUCUAUACCAAAACGAACGCCACAUCAUAUCAGGUGACCGGCCUCACGCCCUUCACCGUCUACAGCUUUCGCCUGCUGGCCGUCAACAAGCUGGGCAUGAGUCCACCGUCCAAGGAGUCCUACUACAUUGUGACGCUGCGGGAAGCGCCCACGGGCAAGCCCAUACCGACAACGGCCCACAACACGUCCUCGACGUCGGUGUACAUCUCAUGGAAGCCGCCGCCACCGGAUACCAUUCUCGGGGAGUUUCUCGGCUAUCGCAUCACAUAUCGGCCACGCGAUCGCGAUCCAAAUGAUACCAAGGAAAUCUAUAUAAGGGAUAACACUGUGGAGAGCCAUGAAAUACAGAACCUGCAGACGUACACGCAGUACAAGGUGACCGUGCAGGUAUUCAACCCGGAGGGCCUGGGACCGGAGACAACCAUCCUGGUGAUGACCGACGAAGGAGAGACCCACCGACUCGUCCUCUUCUUCUUCGUCUCCUUCCUCGUCGUGGAGUACUUUCUCGGCACGCACUACGAUUUCGGUUUUGGGCCUGUGCUCUUUUCCGGCUGA